AUGUUGAUAGUGGAAGUGAAAGUUACCAAGAUGAUGAUGAUGAUGAUGAUGAUGAUGAUGAUGAUGAUGAUGAUGAUGAUGAUGAAUAUUAAUGUUUUGAAAUUUGUGUUUCAGCGGAACCGAAAGCCUAGGGGAUGGAUAUCUACACCGCAAGAACUAUUGGCACAACGCAGUUUCAGUCCAGAGAGUGAGAGAGAAGGAGAUUCUUCUUCAGCUACUGGAAGAGAGCUUCUUGAUCUUAUCCUCACCUUCAAUGAUGAUGACAGCGACGAUGAUAAACUCUCUGAUGAUGCGAUGGUAAUAGCCGUGAAGACUUCUUCUCUUAGUCAACUUGUUUGGACUCUACACUACUAUGACUAUGAGUCGUCGGUGACAAACGACGAGCCAAGAAGUGAUUUUGUUUGCCGGAGAAGGAGGAGGAGAACCUGA